AUGGCCUUCACAACCAAGGCGACAAUUGCAUCAUUUGGCGGGCGUCUGCUCAAGCUCUCCCACCAGUCGUCCGUCACAGGCACCGAGAUGGCAGUGAACCUUUACCUGCCACCACAGGCCAACAAACAAAAGGUCCCGCUGCUCUUCUACCUGUCGGGCCUGACGUGCUCACCCGAGAACUGCACAGAGAAGGGCUUCUUCCAGCAUGGCGCCUCCAAGCACGGCAUCGCCAUCGCCUACCCGGACACCUCGCCGCGCGGGCUGAACCUGCCAGGCGAGGACGACAGCUGGGACUUUGGUUCAGCGGCUAGCUUUUACGUGGACGCCAAACAGGACCCGUGGAAGGGAAACUACCGCAUGGAGACGUACAUCACCGAGGAGCUCCCUAAGCUGCUCUACGAGGGGUUCGCCGACAAGCUGGACAAGGGCAAGGGCAUGAGCAUCACGGGCCACAGCAUGGGCGGCCAUGGCGCACUGUCCAUCUACCUCAAGCACCCGGGCAUGUACCGCAGCGUGUCGGCCUUUGCGCCCAUCGCGAACCCCAGCAAGUGCCCCUGGGGCGAGAAGGCCUUUGGCGGCUACCUGGGCGACGACAGGGAAGAGUGGAAGAAGCACGACUCCACGGAGCUGGUCAAGGGCUGGAGCAAGGACGAGGACCUCAAGAUGCUGGUCGACGUGGGCACCGGUGACAAUUUUUACAAGCAGGGGCAGUUGCUGCCCGAGAACUUGGAAAAGGCUGUCAAGGAUGCCGGUUUGAAGGGCUUGACCCUGCGCUAUCAGGAGGACUACGACCAUUCGUAUUUCUUCAUGGCUUCCUUUAGCGAUGACCACGUUGCGCACGCCGCCAAGUAUCUAGACGUCUAG